AUGCCUCCCAAAGCUUGUGCACUAUGUCAGAACGCCAAAGCAAUUCUCAAACGACCGAAAACUGGUCAGCAAAUCUGCAAAGACUGCUUUUUCUAUGUAUUUGAAACCGAAGUGCACAACACUAUCACUCAGGUCAAUCUUUUUUCUCGAGGAGAUCGUGUCGCUAUUGGUGCUUCUGGGGGGAAAGAUUCGACUGUCCUGGCAUAUGUUUUGAAGACAUUGAAUGAGCGAUACGAUUAUGGACUACACCUGUUCCUUCUUUCCAUAGAUGAAGGGAUAACUGGAUAUCGAGACGACUCUCUCGAGACCGUAAAACGAAACCAACAACAAUACGACAUGCCUCUCAAAAUCUUAUCAUAUGACGAACUAUACGGAUGGACGAUGGACCGAAUAGUCUCUCAAAUUGGCAAGAAGAAUAACUGCACCUUCUGUGGCGUAUUCAGACGGCAGGCGCUCGAUAGAGGUGCCGCAAUGCUAAACGUUGAUCACAUCGUUACUGGUCACAAUGCAGAUGACAUUGCAGAAACGGUUCUAAUGAACAUCAUGAGAGGAGAUAUUGCUCGUCUCGGUCGUUGUACAUCAAUAGUCACCCAAGGAGAAGAUACAAUCAAACGGUCGAAACCUUUUAAGUACGCAUACGAGAAAGAGAUCGUCAUGUAUGCCUACUUUAAGAAACUCGACUAUUUUUCCACCGAAUGCAUAUACUCGCCCGACGCUUAUCGAGGUCAUGCGCGUACGUUCCUCAAAGAUUUGGAAGCAGCUCGUCCCAGUGCCAUCAUCGAUAUCAUCCAUUCUGGAGAAGCCUUCGAAGUUCGAGAGGAAAUCAAGGCGACCCAAAAGGUUCAGCGAACAUGCAAACGAUGUGGAUAUAUGUCUAGCAAUGACCUCUGUAAGGCAUGUACUCUGCUUGAGGGAUUGGAACGAGGGAUGGCGUCUUCAGGAAUUACUGAUCGUGCACGCAAGAAAUUGGAUGCUGAAGGACCCUCUCCCGAGAACCUACGCACGAUACCAUUUUACCAACCUCCGUCAGGAAAUCCAACAGUUAUCAUUGAUUCAACUGCUUAAAACACGGAAAUAAAAUAUUUUCAUAGAUGAUUUGAAUCGCUUGUUUGGGAGAUAAUGGAAAGCAAACGACAUAUUGCGAGAAAAAUCCUGGUUGUCAACUAGAAAGGAUGCGUGAAUGAUACUCCUAGUCUAAUAUAG